UCGCCUUGCCAGGCAUCCCUUCAGAGUCUCAAGCACACAAACAGAGAGAAACUCUGACAACUUCUUCCAGUCGGUGGUCAAAGCCGGGGCGUGGGGCGGGAGGUGGCGUGAGGGGUGUUUUCUUCAGGGCCGGAGCCAAGAAGGGCAGGGCGCCUUCUCCACAAGACCCCGAGGAAAGGGGAGAGAGGGACUCAGGCGGAGAGAGAGAGAGAGAGAGAGAGAGACGGAGGGGAGGAAGAGAAGGAGGAGAAAAGAAGAGGAGAAAGAGGCUGCUGCUGCUGCUGCUGCUGCCUGAGGAGGAGAGACGCUGCCCGGUGCGCGCUUCUGGGACACAACUCCCUCCUCUUCCAUCCCAUCCCUUCCUUUCCUUGGAGGGCGGCUGCUCUCGAGCUCUGACCACUGGGCCCUUGUUCCUCGCUGUCGCCUUCUUAUCCGACGUGGGGUUUCCAUUGGACUCAAGGCGGCGCGCUUUCUCACCCUCAGACUUUCUCCUCGCCUCGGGACUUGCCUUGCACCUUUAGCCUGCGAGGAAAGCACCCAAAGGAGGACACAAACCCGAGACCGACGAAGCUGAGGACACCCCACCCCAACUUCUCAAGCCCCCAACUGUUUCAAAACUCUUCUUUCUUUGGCGGGGCAGCAUCCUCCUCACCUUGAAGCAGCGCGAAAGUGAAGAAGAUUCUUGGGCUACAAAAGAUGAGGAGUCUACUUUUUCUGGUGCUGAUUUCUUUCUGCUGGGCUGACUCUUAUGUUGCUAACUUCACACUGGAGCGUGACAGAAUUUUUCACAUCCAUGAAAAUGGACCUCGCCUUCUUGUGAAAGCAGAAGAAAGUAAAGUCUUUUCACAGCGAGGUGGUAAUAUUACACUGCCAUGUAAAUUUUACCGUCCACAUGCACCAUCUGACUUUGGCCUUCAUAAAAUUCGGAUCAAGUGGACCAAACUCACCUCAAAUUACCUCAAAGAAAUGGAUGUCUAUGUUGAAAUGGGAUACCACAAAAAGAGCUACGGAAAUUACCAAGGAAGGGUCUCCUUAAAGAAAAGCACUGAAAAUGAUGUCUCUCUUGUAAUCACAAAUAUAAUGCUGGAAGAUUAUGGGAAAUAUAAAUGUGAAGUUAUUGAAGGCUUAGAAGAUGACACAGCCAUUGUAUCCCUAAAUUUAGAAGGCAUUGUAUUUCCUUACUUUCCACGACUGGGUCGCUACAACUUUAACUUCCACGAAGCUCAACAAGCCUGCCUGGAGCAAGAUGCAGUUAUAGCUUCUUUCGACCAGUUAUAUGAAGCAUGGCGAUUAGGUCUGGACUGGUGCAAUGCAGGCUGGCUCAGUGAUGGAUCAGUGCAAUAUCCUAUCACAAAUCCCAGGGAACCUUGUGGUGGGAAGAACACAGUGCCUGGAAUCAGAAAUUAUGGCUUUUCAGAUAAGGACCUAAGCAGAUAUGAUGUUUUCUGUUUUACAUCCAAGUUUAAUGGCCGUUUUUACUACCUAAUUCACCCGACCAAACUGACCUAUGAUGAAGCAGUGCACGCUUGCCUCAAAGACGGUGCACAGAUUGCUAAAGUAGGCCAAAUGUUUGCCGCCUGGAAACUCCUAGGAUAUGACCGCUGUGAUGCUGGCUGGCUGGCUGAUGGCAGUGUCCGGUACCCGAUCUCCAGGCCAAGAAAACGCUGCAGUCCUACUGAAGCAGCGGUCCGCUUUGUGGGCUUUCCAGAUAAAAAGCACAAGCUCUAUGGUGUCUACUGCUACAGGUCAUACCAAUGAAUGUACCUAGAGCACAAUAAUGUCCAAUUCAUCAAGAACAUGUGAAGGAUUUUGUUUCAGUAUGAACUCAUGCAAAUUACCAAAACUGUGAUAAAUCUUUUUUACUUACUGUAAAGAGUCAUUUUCAUAAAACCAACCCAUUGAUUUGUUUUGGUUAUUUUUUAAGGAAAAAAGUCAUUCCAUAGAUAUUUUAAAUUAAUAUAAUUUAAAGGAAGCUCUAGGUAAAGAUGUGCUUGAAGAAUACCUAUUAAGCUACAUCAUUCUGACAAAGCAUUUCUUUUUCUUCCGUGAAUGGGGCAUGCAAUAGCUUGAUGAUUGCUAGGACUAAGUUAAGGAAUGUAAGGCUACUCAAAGCAAAAAACCUUUCUCAAGGGUAAUAAGUUUACAUAUUUGCAUCGUGUUAAAAUGGACCAGUGAAUAAUAACUGAGAUCUCCAUGUUCUUAUUGCAGUGAUCUCUUUUUAACUGCCAUCCCUUGUGGUUUUGUGAGCAGUUAAAAACAAUGACGUGGACACAAUUCAAACCAAUAGUCUUUUAUAGUCUACAGUAUGUGAAUUGUUUCACUAUUUAAAAUCAUGCCUUCAGCAAGGUUCUGCUCAUAAUCCCAUAACAUUCCAACAAGCACAGUUAAGUCUUCUCAAUAUCAUUCCUGGUUUUAUUAUGUAUGCAGUAGAAAUGUGUGUAUGAAUAAUUAAAGAAUGGACUCUAAUUUCUUCUAGUCUUUAACACAAAGUAAAUAUACCUGCAAUGUAUUGCAUUACUUUGAGUAGCUUUAUGGGAGUAUUCCUAAAGGCCAUUUUGCUAAGCAGCAUUUAGCAUCUACUCAGGGCAGUUAUAUAUAAAUGAACUGCUGGACAGAAUCACACACAAAUGUAUUAAAUAUAGCAGCUUGAUUUCAUGAUAGCUUUUAAAAUAUUACUGUCUUUAUAAAUGAAACAUUUAAAUAUUUAAUAUUUUUUCCUUAGUUACUUGUGUGGGAGAUAAGCAUUUGAUUAAUCUUGAAACAUAAUAUCUAUCCUAUGUUUAAAAAACAAAAGAAGAAAACUGAUGGGGUAAAUAUCUGUAUAUUCAGUGGCCCAUGAUCCAAUACUACCUGUAUAACUCCAGUUUCACUCAGGGCCCAUCUGCACUGCACCAUUAAUAGAGUUUAACACCAUUUUAAUUACCAUACCCAAUGCUAUGGAAUCAUAGGAGUUGCUGUUUUAAAAGGUCUUUAGCCUUUCUUUUUUGCCAAAGAGUGCUGGUGCUUCACCAAACUACUACCCCCAGGAUUCCAUCACAUUGAAUCAUGCCAAUUAAAGUGGUGUCAAACUGCAUUAAUUCCAGAGUGUAGAUGCACCCUCAACUACUUCUGUGAGUGUUCCCAUUCAUUUUAGUGGAGGCAGCCACUCUUUUACAUAAAUCCCUUUGUACCUAUGGAUCUAUGCAACCACAGAAGUGAAUGGGAUUGUCUUUGCAAGUCAUGGAGCUCUUUGCCCACACUGAAGUCUUCAUGCCUAUAAGCAUUCAUUUUUUCAAAAAAAGUAAAAACAACUAUGCCAACAUUCUUGAUCUUGACUCCUUGAAAUAUUACUGUUAAGGUUCUGCAGAUCUUUGAAGAGUUAAGUUUUUAGAUUAUGAAAUAAUCAGGCCAGGUGAUCAUUGCAGAAACAAACAAAAACAAUUCGGACCUUCUAGAUAUUACCUGAAAGCUUCUUCCGAAUGCAUCUAAGGAUGGCUCUUCAAAUUUCACCAGCCUCCACGUUUCUUAAAAUUUCCAUUUUUGUGGCCACAUAUACAGAUCUAGGCUAAGUUAGUUUGCUGGGAAAGCGGAUAAAGCAAGUUAUCAGCAUUCUCCUUUCCUCUAUUUUGAUUAUCAUAUUUCUGCUUUCAGUGGGACACAUUGAAAUCCUCUAAAUAUCUAUUCAGAAGUGAGUUCAGAGGAGACUUGCUCUUAGAUAAUUGGCUAAGAAAUGGCAUUCUUUUAUAUCACUAUCUUUAUCUAUAUCAGUGGUUCUCAACCUGUGGGUCCCCAGGUGUUUUGGCCUACAACUCCCAGAAAUCCCAGCCAGUUUACCAGCUGUUAGGAUUUCUGGAAGCUGAAGGCCAAAAACAUCUGGGGACCCCAAGUUGAGAACCACUGAUCUAGAUUAAGGUCCUUGCAUGCAGAUCUCAGUAGUUAGAAGAGCUUCUUUCUUCUUUCAAUCUAAUGAAUCUUUUACUACGUGGAAGGAAUGCAGACGAUUGAUUGCAAAAUUUAUUAUUUUCACAGGAGGACGCUGGCACACUAAUGAGAAAUAUUCUUUCUCUAACCUUAUUAGUAAAAAUAACAGUAUAUUAGUACUUCUUGACAACAGUGUCAACAAUACUGUUAUUUUAAAUGACUUAUGAAUAAAGCAAGAAGAGAAGGAAAGACAAAAGAAAUGAUACAUGCAUUUGCAUUGAUUAAUAUACAGUAUAAACAUAAGCCUUAAUAUGAUUCUGAAUUCCUUUCUGCACUGUUCUAUUUAGUAGCCAUGUUGAUUGAUUGCUUUUAAUAAGAAGAAAAACUUAUAAUUUGACAUAUGUAGAUUUUUUUUACAAAAAAAAUGAAGAAAAUUGGAUCAGAAAGGUUUAGGGCCUUAGAUCCAGAGAUAGUUUGCAUGGCCUUCACAAAAGAAUCCUUCAGAAUUGUUCCACUACUACUCAUUUCCUCCAUAAUGCAUCAUUCUCAGACCACAUGUGUGGCUGUGGGUGGUGUGACGGUUUUGGGAGGUGUGGUGCUAAAAGCCCAGCAAAGUUUUGAUAUUUCCACAGAGUUUUGCUACUUUGUCUUUGGAUUCAAACCAUGAUCGAAAAAAAUGAGACUUAGGUGUGAAAGGCUUCUGUUGAUGAAGGAAAAUAGAUGGUCCUUGUUGAAUUUUGAAGAUUGUUACUCUACUUGGAGUAACUUUUAUUUAAGCACUGCUAGUGUGAACCCUAUGAUAAUUUACCUGAAAACAGAGCUCACUGGAUACAAUGGGAUACAUUCUAAAUAAAGCAUUCAUCAUAAAUACAAUAGCUGAAAUCCUGUUGGUAUCUUACCAUUUGUAGCAGCCACUUUCAAUUCAAGAUUGAGAAAGCAGAGUUCCAUAUUUAUGCUACUAGUGUGCAUGGAUAUGCCUUGUUCAUAGAUGUGCAUGUGUAUUGCAUAUGGUUUCACGAUUAUGUACACAUGAUUUUCACCCAGCUGUGCAUGGGUGUGCAUUUCACAAACAGAUGAAUGCACAUUUAGUUUUCCAAAAUCACAGCUUACUAGUAUGGGGGCACUAGUACUGCCACAAAAGGUAAUGUGUCUAAAAGAUAUUUCCUGGGUGGAGAUUCUCAACUCAUUGGAAAAUUAACUAAUUGGAACAAUAAUUUCAAAAGCCUGUUGAAAAAAUGUCAUUUCAAUUUUCAUGCUGUUAGCUUGGUGCCUUCCUUGGUGACUUCAAAUGCCUCAAGAGGAUCAACAUUUUCUUUUGACAAUAGUGCCACAGUUAAAUGGGAUCAUAUGAGAUUCUAGCGUUCCCUAUGCUAUCCAAAGCUUUUGUGUGUGUGUUUGUGCGUGUGGCUGGAGUUAUACUUUAAAAAUGUAUCUGUUCUGACUUACAUACAAAUUCAACUUAAGAACAAACCUAUCUUGUUUUUAACUUGGAGACUGUCUAUUACUACCAAAUCUUUGCAUCAGCUUGAACAUUAAAUAUGCAUGCAUUUAUAACAAUAUCAUAUGAAAGAAAAUGGUACAUUACUUCCUUAAGAACAGCAGUUCCAGAUUGUGCCCUGUAUUAAUGGUUCAUCUGACUGAAAUAUCCUCUGCAAAUGUUAUCCUAGAUUUGGAUUUUUUUAAUUAUCUUGCCCAGGUCAUGGAGGGCACUAUAAGGUCACCUUCAAUUUAAGACAGAUUCAUGUUCAAUUUCACACAUAUUUUUGACACAUAUUUUUAUAUUCAGGACAUUUGUUUGUUUUGCUCAAUCUUUUGCAGGUACAAUGAAAUACUCUUGUCAUUUUGUUGUUAACUGCAAAAGCAAAAGCUCAUGGCCCUUUGUCUAUAGUUCUAUGUGCAUUUACCUAGGAUUUAGUCUCAUUGAACUCAGUGUUGCUCGGUCCCAUCCUGUAAAUAAACAUGCAAUCCUAAACAUGUCUCUUCAGGGUUAUCAGGGCCAAAGAUAAUGCAUUAGAUACACAGCAUGCAAGUGAAUCUUUUUCCUUCAUAUUUUCUAGUGCACACCCCAGAUGGAAAGUUUAAAUAUACAUAUGAGUUUUGUUUUUGUUUCUCAACUUCUACAUUAUGGGAAGGUGGAGAUUCAGGACAAAAUGCAGCUGGAGGAAGAGAUUUUGAUCUCCCUACAUUUGUGUUUUGCUCCCUUUUCAGUCUAGGGUCUACUACUUAAUUUUUGCUCAUAAUUCUUUCUUAGAAAAGAAAAAAAGACCUUAGCUACAUGCUAUGAACUGGGUAUAUUGUGCAAUUUAAGUGUCGGAAUGAGUCCCAUUAAAUUAAACAAUGGAUACAGGAUUACAACAGGAACUGGCAACAUAUGGCCUAAAAGAUUCAGUCCCCACUAUUGCCAAAUUUAGGUUGCUUAACAACAGAGUGAUUUCACUUUAAAACAAGUACUGUGAAGAGUGUGCAGCAUCUUAAACUAAAGCAUUUCCCUGAAAUCCUCAUGGAAAGAAGGUUUGGUCCUAAAUCAGGCAUCUUGCAUGCCUGAUUUAAAUUAAAAUUACUGGUGUGGUUUGUGAUUAAUUUAUAAAGCAGAUCUGUUGGGAGUUUAUUCUAUGGCUAACAUCCUUUUGGAAACAAAUGAUGUCAUUAACCAAUUUACCAGGUUGCAAAUGUUUAGAAUGGCAGUGUUGUGUAACCAUCAUAUUUCCAGAAGGGAAAGAGUUGUUAGAGCUGUGCUUUUGAGAGCAUUGUGCAAAUGGAGCAAGCAGCAUGGCCAUUACUCAACAGUUGUGAUAUGCAACAGAAAAGCAUUUUGCAAGAAUGGCUGCCCUGGCCCAACGAAGUUGCCCAAUGAGGUUGUGCUUCUAUCACCCUAGAAAUAUGGGUGGAUCCAGAAAGGAGGGCAUUGAAAGGUCAUGGAUAUCCAACACCUUACCAGAAAAAAGUCUCUACCAUUUAUGGUGCCCUAUUAUGUUAUUGGAACACUUUUGUACAACAGGACAUCUUGUAUGGAUUUCUGUAACACUAUUGCAUGUUAUGUCAGUGAUUUUGCACUGACAUUGCAAAUAUAAGCUUUGCAGCCUGUGAUGCAGGAUCUCAGUCCUUGUUUUGAAGUUGAUAUUUGGUCCUAGAAUCCCAAUUCAGCUUUAAAACAAGGUACAUGUUCUGUAUAACUGAACCAGUAUAGUGGCAACAGUGGAACUAUACAGCUCCAGGUGAUGCAGGGAAGAACAAUGAGGCCUUAGGACUGCUGGACAUUUCCCACCCUGUAUAUCCAUUUAAAUAUUCAGGGCUGAACAAAGUAUCCAAUUCCCAUAGAGUACUGUAUUACUUUUAUAUCUUGAUGAGAUUGUAUAUGUGUAUGUGUCAAUAUUGUUUUGAGUUCAAAUGGUAGGUAUAGUACCCAUGUGCCCUGCAAGUAGUGGGCAUCACUAGAAGCUUUAACAUGCCUCAGUGAAAGAGUCUCCUGGGCAAUAAAAUACUUUAGCUAAAAGCGAAUGGGGUUACAGCUUCUGUCAGAGUGUUUGCACACUCAGUGUGUUCCUCUUAUCUUCCCUGCAGUCUUUCUUUUUUCCAAGUUUACAGAACGGAAAUUAAAUUGGACACUCUUGUAAGACUGCUACUCUGGGAGAAAAAAUGGCGUGCUUUUUAUUCAUGCUGUUGGGGUAUACACUCAGAUGCUGGACAAUAACAUGCAAUCCAGAUGGCUUUGAUUGUGUCACUUAGAAAAUAUGUUUGAAUGUCCUGCUAUGUCUUCAGGUGCUCACAGAAGGCCAGUGUUAUCAGAAAAGGGGUCCUACUAGCUAAUUUUCCUGAUAUUUCUGAUGUAGAGUGUCAUCUAAACUUUGAUCCCUCCCUAAAUUCUAAAUCGUCCAAUCUCAUGUGGUGUUUUUACAUUUAAGUAACUUUUGUGGAAGUCUUAAUAAUCUUUUUCAGCAUCUCUCACUAAAAUGUUGUUUAUUUAUUUUAUAGUGUAGAAUUAUCUGAUCUGAAUUAAUUGUUCCAAUAAUGAGAUACAUGAUACUUAGAAAAAUUCUUGACAUUGAUUUUCUCUGGAAUUGUCAACCUGUCACUAGCACAGAAUGUCCUAAAUUCUAAAGCCAGCCAGCCUCUAGAUUGAACUCAGAGCUACUCCAAUAUAUAGCCAUAACCAAACAUAGCAUUUUCACUGGCUAUGGCACAAAGACAGGACUUUAAGAGGAAAAUAUAAGCCAGUGGUUCCCAUCUAUGGGUCCGCCAUGUGUUUUGGAUUUCGGCCCCAGAAUUCCUGACAGUUGACCAAAUUGGCUGGGGCUUCUGGGAGUUGAAGUCCAAAACAUCUGGAGAAAGUUUGGAAACCACAAAUCUGGGCUAAUCAAUACUGCAUCAUCAGACUAAUCUUCAGAUCAAAUCUUCCAGUCUUCUAGGGCAAAGGAUCAUAAAAUAAACAUUGAAAAAAAUCAUCUUGGCUAAUAAUGUAGUCCAUUUUGUUUGGGUUCCAUUUGUCAUAUCAGACAUGGGGAAAGUGCAGACAUAUGUUGUUUCUAUGCCAGCUAGGACUUCUGGGAGAUUUAGUCCAGCAACAGCUGGAAGGCCUUACUGUUUCCACCCCUGUUUUAGAUAUGGUUAAUUAGAUAAAGUUUCCAACAUCAUAGCCCAUCCAAAUAACACAACUACGGGGUUUCUGUGCUCUGAAAAUAACAUGUCAUUUAAGAGAGGAUUGAUUUUCUCAUAAAUAUUCUAACUGAAGUGAGAGUAACCGCAUAUCUCCAGAGAUAUCAUAGUACUUCUAAAUAAGUUUGCAAAAAGCAACUUCUUACAUGGUAAGUAGGAAAAAUAAUAUAAAGUUGUCAUUACAAAGAAAAUGAAAACAAAGUAAGCUAAAUGAUAUUUAUUUUAUACAGUUACUAAAAUGAAUAACAACUCAUAAGCUUUAUGACAUAACUGGUAUUUACAGAGCAUUCUUCUAUGAGGAAAUUGUGCUUGGAUAGGGUCUGAAGGGAAUGCUUUAGAACUGGUUUAUGUCAGUGCUACUGUUCUAAAAAAGACAAAAACGAUGAUCAUAUAAGAAUGAAUUAAUGCGCUGUGUCAUUUUUCUUGUAUUUCACAUGUAUCUAAAUUUUAAUGUCCUUAAAUGGCAACAAUUACAUCAUGUUGAUCUUUUUCAAAAUAAAGAACUUCUUUCUUUCUGGACAAACAA